AUGACCACAAAACCAGAAUGGUCUAUACGUCCACCAGAACAACAACCUAUCAUUAAUUUUGAUACUACAUCUUCAGGAAAUACUUAUUCUCCAAUACAAACAAAUCCUUCGAACCCUUUUGGUGUCAUUCAAAAUAUGAACAAUGGGUUAUAUUUUCAAACACAACAAAAUGUUCAAAAUGGGUUUUAUCCACAAACACAAACUCAACAUGGGCCUUCUAAUAGUACUCCAUAUUUUCACACGAGACCGAUCAAUAUCAUAGGUCAGAAUCAAAUACCAUUACAAACAUCAACGAAUCAAUUUGGUUCAUCAAAUUCCGGAGUAACAAAUUUACAUUAUGGACAGAUACAUCAACCUGUACCUGUGAACCCGAAUCCGAAUCCGAAUCUUGAUUCAUUUACUCCACAAUCAAAUUCGUAUGGUCAUUUUCAAACUCAGAUUCAAUCGGGUCAAAUCGGACUUGACAACAACCUUGACACAUAUUCGAAAGAGUCUUCAAAUACACCUUAUCCUCAUCCAACGAGCGAUAGUAAAUCUCAGUCAACCACUCUUGCUUCGAACUAUAAUGCUAUCUUUCAACAAAUUCCACAACAAUCAUCGAACUCGAGUGCCAAUCCUGACUCACAAUCGAUUGCACCUGUACCACAAUGGCCCAAUCAGUCGACGGGACAGAAUAUGAACCCAGCUUUGGCUGAAGCACUGAGAUCUGUCUGGUUUGGAGGUCAAUAUCAAGGUAUGGGAGUUGAUCAACAUCAGGGAGGAGGACAAUCCAACUCACGAUCACAAUAUAUCUCUCAGAAUCUCACUCGAACAAAUCAGAAUGCUAUACCUCAAUGGCCAUUUCAAGCCUUUCUACCAGCUCAGCUUCAAGGGGGUUUAAACACUUUCGGGAAUUCCAACGCUCCUCUUGUUCCAGUGGUAGAAGAUGUAUCCAUGACAAACACUCAAGACGUUUCUCAACCUCCUGACUUGUCUCAAUGGCAAUUUCCAGUCGUCGUAUCGGGUACUUCUCAGAAUUUAACAUACACAACAAACACAAAUCACAAUCUCUCGACAUCGAUCAAUCAAAAUCCUCCUCCUACGCCUUCGCUGACACAACCACAGUUUCAAAGUCCUGUGUCAGACCAUUUCCAUGGAUUGACAUUCACGCCGAGACAAAAUACCCUUCAGCCCAACAUAGAAAACUCGUCCACGCCUAGACAAACUUCUACCCACACAUUCCGACAAAAUAUUCCUCCGAGUCCAUCGAACAUGGUCGUUGAUAUAACUUCUACGCCACAACGACCUACACAAUCAAUGGGGACGACGGUGAAUCCUCUGAUGUUUCAAUCGAGACAAAGCCUCUCUCAGACUUCAGGACAGACGACGAACGUUCAAGUGCCAUUACCUACCACAAGACGUGUCUCUUCUCAGACCUCCGGACAUAUGCAAGUCUCAUCCCACUCCAUGGGACAAGAUACACCUCAUUCGACCACACAAAGUUCUUCUCAUCCAUCUCAUACGUCCAAUCAAGAUUCAUCGCAUUCGCAGAAACAGGAGGAAUCUCACACAACCACGUCAGACGUGUCUUCGAAAUCCAUCCAUGCCACUGGUCAAAAUGUCCAACCUCCCACCACACAUCCAGUUCCUACCACAAUUCCUCAAUGGCAACCUCAGACUCAUCACUCGACAUCACCUAAAGCUCCAUUACAAGCCAUAGACAAGAUCUCUCCCGUUUUGAUCCCAACGCAGACGUUCAAACUCACCCUUCCACCCAAGGCAUCUAGGUCAGUCGCUGCAGAGCCUAUAUCAGCUCAGUUCAACCUUGCUGGGCCAGCUCCAAACCAAUGGCCAGCACAGAUGACCACAACAAGCCAGACGACGCCCACUCACUCAGGAGUAUCAGCCAUACCAAAAGGAUUUUGGCGAAUGAAUCGACCAGAUCCUCUCCAGCCAACUUCUCAGACGAUGCCGAAUGGUAAACCACCCAUUCUCGAACACCCAACAUCACCGAAACAAUCUCAGUCGUCUUUCCAACUGAAAUCAUCGCCAACCAGGUCCCCAAUACCUCAGAAAGAGUCGUCCUCUACAUCAUCUCAACCCAUCGUCACAAACUCGAUUCAACCUUCUUCUAAUGUCUUCCCACCGGGAUUCCCUCACAAUCUUUCGCCCCGCACCAAAGCUAAAUUUCUACACCUUCUUUCACUCAAAUUGAAAGCGAAUCCCCAGACAUUCUUACAUACCGCCCCAGCAUCCGUCCCGACUGCCACGGCUCAGAAAGAUACGCCGACGACGUUACCACAGGCGGAGGAGACUAGAGUGACUAGUCCAUCGGCUUCAAAACCUGCGGUCGAGAUCAAAGCCACUCAGCCACUCAUCCCCAUCACAGACCAGAAAGAUCUUUUGUCGUCUGGAGCAAAAUUACCGGCACCUCGAGCCGCCUCGUACGCAGAGUCGUCGACACCAUCGCCUGAUACUGAUCGAAAAGAGUCUUCACCCCUACCGUCGAAUACCACCCAAGCCGAAUUGUCACCGGCUUCUGAACGGAAAUCAUCGGAACAUCCCCAAGCUUCUCCACAUCCAGAUCCUCCACCAACGCCGUCUCAUGCGAAUGGGCAAGACCAAUGGUCGGACCCACCUCCGCUGACACAGUCACUUCAUCCUCGACGUCGAUCUUCUACGGAGGUAUCACGUACUCCAACUCAUAUCAGCGUCCAAGGUUGGUCACCCGCACCGUCACACACAAUGAUAUCAGGCGCCUCGCCAGAGUCUUCGCGGACAGAGAACACGCCUACUCCUUCGCAUGAGGAUGAUGAUGACUUUGUUCCUGAGUCUUCUCAAGCGGUCAUGUCAGACGUACAACUCACACCUCAUACGGAAAGACCAGAUAUAACCCUGUCGCCAUCUCCCGUGGUCAAGCGAGAGUUAUCACCAACGCCGUCUCCCACUGGACCAGGAGGACCACCACCCGUAGCCCAUCAGACGAGACCAGAUGGUCCCAUCCAAACCACUUCCCCCAGCCGAGAUGAAGCGACCCUUCAAGAUGACGUUCCGACGAGAACUGAUGUUCAAAGCUACCUUCCGUUCCCCGAAGAGCUUCCAGGUGCGCCAUCACCUCUGCGACUGGCUCUUGAGCGGAAGCGGCUAGCACAGGAGGCGAAAACAGCAGCUGCGGCAGCGGGGACGGGGACGGCAGCGACAAAUAAUAUGUCUCAAAGACGACCCGUGAACCCAGCUGAAAUAGCCUCUUUCAACGCUUUUCUCCAAGCAAGAGCUAACGCUAUGCGUCAAGCUGGUCAUAUCCGUCCACCUCAAAACUUUCACCCAGGCCAAACGUUUCCUCCGAACCAAGGAUACCAUCCAUCUAAAGGUUUUCGUCCACCACACUUGAUUCCUGGACAAAAUUUCCAUCCAGGACAAAACUUCAACCCGGCACAGAACAUGUACGCAGCUCGGAAUCCUCAUCUAGCACAAAACAUCCGUCCACCGACUUCCAUGCAUCCAGGACAGAAUAUGAAUCCAAGAUCAACUUUUAACCCUUCUCAAGUACGUCAAAGACCAUCAUCACCGCCUGCAUCACUCUCUGCAUCUCAAGCUUUACCUGGAGUACCUCCAAAACUUUAUCGUCGAUCAUCAGAUUCAGGUCCACCACGUAAACGUCAUCGAAAAAUACGUCCUUCUGAUUUAUCCGUAACUUUCAUGUUGAAUCGGAAAACCAUCAUUACCAUUUCUCAAAAUCAUGUGAUUCUCCCUUCUGAAAAAUACCUGGUAAGGGAGAAACAUAACAAAACUCGAGAUUGGAUUCAAGCUUUAGAUGGUGGAGAUGGUGAACCUAAAUUACCACCAGGACCAAAGAAAAGAAAAUUGAGAUCUCCAGGAAUAACUAAAAAACAACCUGAACCUCUUUUCUUAGCAAAUUUACCAUUAUCUUCCAGAUCCACAAAUUUUUCAAAUACUUCAAAAUCAAAUUUCUCAUAUUCUUCUUAUCCUUCAAAACCCACUAACUUUCAACUUCCUACAAGACCUACUAACUUUCAAUAUCCAUCAAGACCUACUAACUUUCAAUAUCCUACAAACCCUACUAACUCUCAAUAUCCUCCAAACCCCAAUAACCUUCAAUAUCCAUCAAGACCUAAUUAUCCACCUUCCAACAGACCUCCAAACUUAUCUUUCACACCAGGUACAUCAUCAACAUUACCACAACCAACGACUCCUACGAAUCUACCAAAUCCAUCAAGACGAGAAGAACCAUUACCAUUACCAACACCAUCACCGUUACCAUUACCAUUACCAUUAUAUCAAAACCAAAAGAAUUACCACCUAUCAUAUUCAAUUUACGUACUAAAAGAUUAUCAACUUCACCACUUUAUACUUCUUCUGAACUUACUCCAAGUCCACCACCUUCUCCUAUCCCAACUGGAAUAUGGACAAAAGCUUUCCCUCCGUUAA